AUGACCACCGUUUCCCGGGCUGUCAACGACAGCAAUGAUCUGACGGUGUAUACCCAGGAUAUAAGCGGUGGGAUUCGCGAGAGUAUAUAUGAAAAUGGAUGGUCCAGCGGCAGAUUAAUUGCCAACUGCAAGCUGGGUUCUCCCAUCGCUGCUACAUCCCUGGCGCUUGGCAGUAUCCGCGUGUACUCUGUCUCCAACUACAACACUCUGCAGGAGGCAGCCCACGACGCUAACACUGGCUGGUACACCGGUGUGUCAGCCAACAGCAACAUCCAAGUCGCAGCCAACAGCAGCGUGGGAGCCGCUUACCUUGCGGGAGCCUCGGGAACACAAGCUCUCCGAGUCUAUGCUCAGUUGCCCGAUAAUUCAAUCCAAGAAUACGGAUGGGAUACCAAUUCAAAUCAAUGGCAAACUUUCCAGAACCUGGGCGCGGCACUCCCUGGAACAGCUAUAGCUGUAACGUCCUUCCUGCAACCUGACCAGGCUAUAAGAGUAUACUUCCAGGACCCUCAGAACAACCUGGUUGAGAUGGCAUACGAUGCCAAUUCGGGCUGGAGUCCUGGCAGCUUCUCAGUCCCCAAUGCCAUCCCUCAGACUGCUCUCGCCGUUAUCACUACCGAAGACGACAGCAUUCAUGUCUACUAUGGUGGUUCUAACAAUCGUAUUCUGGAGAAAAUCCAUGAUGCUAACUCAGGUUGGUAUGACGGCGGAUUCGCUCAGUCCAGCAUCCCUGGGAGCCCGGUUGCUGCCAUCAACUGGGGCACCGGUGGCGGGUUGAAUAUCCGCGUUUAUUUCCAGCAGGCAGUAUCCUAUGUGACGGAGUAUCAGUUCACGAAUAUGUGGAUGCCCGGCUGGUCGCGUGGGCAGAAAUAA